ACCCCCCUGAUAAACGAUUUGUGAAAAAUGUUAAGAUUGAUGCGCGGGAAAGUAAGUCAGGCGAGGUUACGAAGCGAUUGAUUUUGUUCAGCAGCAAGCAUGUUUCGUCGACAGUGUCUUCUUCAGCUCAAGCGGAUCGCCACGAGAUGUGAAGCAGAAAUACCUCGGAGGAGUGGAAAGUGUCUCAAUAGCGUGCAGUUAAUUGGUUAUUCUGGGAGUGAUCCUCUCAAAGGGAGCACUGACCACCAGCCAACCAAGUUCAGCCUAGCGACAACACAGUAUUACCAAUCAAGAGAAGAAAAUAGAUUAGAAAGCAAGACACAGUGGCACAAUGUGGCAGUUUUCAAACCUUGGUUACAAGAUACAGUGAACUCGUAUGUCAGGAAAGGAACACGACUCUUUAUUCAAGGGCAUAUAGACUAUAGCAACUAUGUUGACCAGGAAGGUAUCAAAAGGUUUAGCACAAGUAUCAUUCCUGAUAGUGUUAUUAUUCUCUCCCAACCUGUAUCAAUGGAGGAGGAAACUGGCUACUAGACUUACUACCAAUAAAUAUUAAAAUAUUACUGUAAAUACAGUAAUGUAGUUAUGAUAAGCUGUAACCAAAAACUGAGGUAUAGAACAUUAAAAACCAACUGCUUUUUAAUCGAUAGUGGUUUUCAGAAUUCCUUACUCCCAAGCUCUUAAAACUUGGUUGGCAUACAAAAAGAUAUGAGAACCCCCAUUCCUGAUUAGCGAUACAUGCCAGAUUAAGAAAAAUGCGGUUGGUGAUAUCUUUAUACUGCAGGGCAUACCAAAGGUAGCAAAGCUUUGUCAGUUUCUGCAUAUGGCUGCUAAUGUAUGCUUGAUGGUAACAGAAAAGAUGUAUUUUUGUUAGGUGUUAGUAAAACAUUGUUUGUUUCUUAAAGCUCUGUGGCAACAUUCUGAUUCUCAUAACCAACCUCCAUACUUUUCAUACUAGCUGGGAGAUUUUGAUAAUAUUUCUGAAAGUUUAGAUCAUAGGCUCGCAUUGCAUACAAAGAACUAAACAAGUUGGUCUUCAUGAGCUUCCAGUUUGUAUUGAAAUUCUGGGGAAAAACUACCUGUUGGCUUUAGGGGUUGAAAGUAUUUGAAACUGCUCGUUGGUUUACUGUGUUAUACAUUCCUUGGGAACUUAUUUAAAUUUGAUAUAUACAGCAUAAUUCAAUUGUUUUAUGUAUGUUUAUUUGGGAGUGAAAUGAUUUAUCACUGAGAGAUAAUGAAUGAAGAAGACUUACAAGACUGGUCUGAGCUAAUUAUUUGAUGGUAUAGUACAGUGUACACCUGUUGAUCAAUUCAGUGUAUAACCUCACAAGCUUCUGGUUAGUUUCACAGACUAUUGAAAUACUAAUAUCAGUUGUCUAGCUCCUAGUUGUGCUCUAGUUUCUGUAGUAAUUAUUAAAGAGCAAAUAACAAGUGUUGAUUGAAUUGUCCGGAGGGGUGGACAAAGCAGCUGAAUUGGCAGCUUCUUUGUUGCCCUCCUCUAAGAAUAGCCUUUUGUUAACUUAGGCAGGGAAUGGAGACGCCAUAGGGGCGGUGACUAAGUAAUUCCAUUAUGAUGUCACAGAUAAAGGUGUAUUCGUUUAGUUUCGCUGAUUUGCUAAAUCGGGGUUAAUAUGAAAUAUGAUCAACAG